UUCACUGUAGAGUGGGACAACCUCUGGCUAGCAAACAGGAAGCUGAGGCCCGAGAGAGUCGGGUAUCGCGUGAAGCACAAGAGCCAGCUCCGUGGGAACCGGCAGCUCUCCCAGAUUUGGCUGCUAUGGCUCUGCAAGAGGUGCCACGCCGGGGGCGUUCGCGGAGGGGUGAAGAAAGUCGACGGUUACGCUCAUAUCGUGAGCCACCUCAGGAAAGAACACAGGAUUGACGUCUUCGGGGGAGGUCUCUUGCCUGACGCGCCAAGGAUCCCAGCGAGUCCAUUUGAAGCCGCUCGUGAGGUCGCUGGCUCGUCGUAUAUCGUCUCUCACAGC